UUUUCUUGAUACGGUUGAUGGUGGAUGGGGUAGCAGACAUGUUGCUAUCGUCAAAAAGUGCCUCCUGAGUCAUAACACCAUGUGAACCCUAGUUACGCAAGGAGCAGACGGCCGAGUUUAUUAAACUCCACCGAGACAGCGGUGACGUUAAUCAGAAGGCUGGACCGUCCAAUUUCACUGCCGUUUACUUCCGGCCUACCCGACCGUCUGAGGACCCGGCCCACUUAGAUUGCGAAGGCCCGGUCCUCAGGAGGAUGCAGCCCAUGAAUUUGGACACGACCAGUGACAGUACAGACAAGCGGAUGCGAUAGUGAACUUUUAUCGAACUGAAGUUCUCACUGGUCAAGAAGGAAAACACUUUACAAAGAGCGACUUGACUCCUCAUCCGAAGAUGCAGGGCACAGUGGGUCAGCGCAGCAGGACUACUGUGGCCUACAUUGUUCCAGUAGUUGGAAUAUGUGCUGCUGCUUUCCUGCUUACCAAUAUCUUCAUUUACCUCUAUCUGGACUCUGUGUAUCAGCCUGGUUUGCAAGUUUCACCUCUGGUGGGCUGUGUGCCUCAACACUUUAAAAUGCCAACCAUGAAAGACUGCACCGCCUGGCUCCAGUGUUCACAAAUAAACGCUGAAGUACACGAGCUGAAGCUGAUUGACCAGGGAGCAGUGAAGAAGGUUUAUUUGGCAGAGUGGAGAGGCCAGAAGGUAGCUCUGUCAAGGCUAUCAUCUCUCAAUUACUUGGAGGAUUUUCUCCAUGGAUUGUCAAUGUUACAGGCCCUGCAGAGCCCCCAGGUGGUUCAAUUGGUGGGGUUUUGCCUUGAAGAGCACAUCAUUUUGACAGAACACCACCCGUUUGGCUCAUUGCUUAAUCUGGAUGGUGUUCUUGAAAAAGAGCAGCACCAGCAACACAACAAUUGGGAGAUGCGGCUGAGGCUAGCUAUAGAUUACGUCGCUAUCCUCCAUUACCUUCAUAACAGCCCAGUUGGGCGACGAGUUAUGUGCGAUUCAAACAGCCUUGAGAAAACUCUGUCCCAAUUUCUACUGACAAAUGACUUUCAUCUAGUAGUGAAUGACCUUGAUGCACUUCCUGAAGUGGAUAUGUCCAGAAACUUGUUAGUGAAAUGUGGCCAUCGGGAGCUCACUGGAGAUUUUGUUGCCCCAGAGCAGCUAUGGCCAUUCAGAAACAAUGGAAAGCCAUUUUCAGACAAUCUCAUGCCAGAGUAUGAUGAGAACACCGAUAUUUGGAAGAUCCCGGAUGUGACGUGGUUCCUUAUGGGAAAGGUACCUGGCGGGGAUUUAGUCCAUUUCCAUCUUUUUCAGAUCCAUGAGAAGUGCAAGAAGAAGGAUCCCACCGACCGCCCUUCAGCUUUUGAUGUUUUGAAGGUUUACAAAUCAGUCUACAGCAGCAUGGUACGAGACAGUGCUGGGUUUAGAGAUAUGCUGUAGAGUAAUGCCUCAUUUGAAGAGACUAUCAAUAUACAAGAACAGUCCAAGCUACGGUUUGGCUAUCUCUUGUACUUUAAUAAAUGCACUUCACUUAUUCUGUCUGUCAGUCUUUCAGCAAAUAUUUCUGUAUGUUUAAAAAGAUGAUGAUAGAGCUGGAGUUCUUAAUAAUAUCAGCCAGGGCAUACCAUGGAGUUUUCACCUCGAAAUUCUAUACAUAAUACCCCAUAAGGGCAGUUAAAAAAAAAAAGAAAAAAAAAAAAAAGGUUUCCUUGAAAUUCUUGGAGUGUAUAAGUAUUCACAGCCUUUGCAGUAUCAAUCAAAAUUGAUUUCAGCUGCAUUCUAUUUUCAUUGAUCAUUUGUCAGUUGUUUCUACAACUUGACUGAGGUCCACCUGUGGUGAUUUCAGUUGAUUAGACAUGAUUUGGAAAGGUACACACCUGUCCCAUAGUUUAUAGUGCAUGUCGGAGCACAAACCAAGAAAAAAAGUCCAACGAAUUGUCUGUGGUCCUCGAAGUCAGGGUUGUGUUGAGGCAUAGAUCUGGAGAACGGUACAAAAAAAAAAUUCUGCAGCAUUGAAAGUCCCACUGAGCACAUUUACAUGAUGGCCUCUGUCAUCCAUAAAUGGAAGAAGUCUGGAAUCAGCAGGACUCUUCCUAAAGCUAGCCAUCCAACCAAUGCGAGCAAUUGGUAAAGAAGGGCCAAGAAGCCCUGACAGAGCUCCAGCUCUUGUUGUGUGGAGAGAGGACAACCUUGGAGAAAGACAACUAUUUCUGCUGCACUCUACCAAUCAGGCCUGUAUGGUAGAGUGUCAAGACAGAAGCCACUUUUCACUAAAUGGCACGAUAGCAUGCCUGGAGUUUGCAAAAAGGCACCUGAAGGACACUCAAAAAACAAGAAAAACAAAAAUGUCUGGCUGAUGAAUCAAAGAUUGAACUCAUUGCCCUAAAUGCCAACUUAUCACCUGGCCAUUACCAUCCCUAUAGUGAAGCAUGCUGGUGCUAAAUGUUUUUCAGCAGGAGCUGGGAGACUACUCAGGGUCAAGGGAAAGAUUAAUGCAGCAAUGUACAGACUUAAUGAUAACCUUCUCUGGAGUGCUCUGGUCUAUGUACUGAGGUUAAAUGUUCAUCUUCCAAGAGGACAAUGACCCUAAGUGCACAUCUAAGGUAACAACUAAGAUAAUAACUUUGUUAUCUUGAGUGAUGUCCUUGAGUGAACCAACCACAGCCCAAACUUGAACCUUAAUGAACUUCUUUGGAGAGAUCUGAAAAUGGCUGUUCUACCAAUUCGAUUCAAUUCAAUUUUAUUUAUAUAGCGCCAAAUCACAACAACAGUCACCUCAAGGCGCUUCCCAUACCAGUGCUUCCCAUCCAACCUGAUGGAGCUUGAGAGGUUCUGCAAAGAAGAUUUUCAAAAACUGCCUAUAACUAAAAGCUCAUAGCAUCAUACUCAGAAAGGCUUCACAUUGUAAUUAGUACCAAAAGUGCUUCAACAAGGUUAUGAAUACUUUUGUAUAUUUGCCAUUAUGGGGUAUUGUGUGUAGAAUUUUGGAGUGAAAAUUAAUUUAAUCCAUUUUGGAAUAAGGUUGUAACAUGACAAAAUGUAAUUAAUGGUUUAGGCUCAUGUAUAUUGAGAUAUUUUUUAUAAAAUCUUGGUUUUAAUGUACAACUUGUAGGCUUUGUUGAACUAUUUAGGAUUGAUUCUGAUUCAAAAUUAAUUCUGUUCAUCUGAAUGUAGCAUUUCCAGUGGAAGAAACAUUUCGUCAUAUAUAUAUAUAUGUAUGUAUAUGUGUGUGUGUGUGUGUAUGUAUGUGUAUAUAUAUAUGUGUGUGUGGGUAUGUAUGUAUGUGUAUAUAUAUAUAUAUAUAUAUAUAUAUAUAUAUUCAGCUUUUAUGCUCCUUAUAUCUGGAACAAACUCCCAGAAAGCCUCAGAUCAGCUGAAACACUCAGUUUAUUUAAAUCCAGGUUGAAGACUCACCUGUUCUCAGCUGCUUUUGAAUAAAGCACCAAAUCCACACUUUUAAGCAUAAAUUUCAAAACUUGCAUUUUAACUACUGAUUUUAUCUACUGUUCUGAUUUUAUCUACUGUUUUGAUUUUUGAUUUUAUAUACUGUUUUGUUUGUUUGUUUGUUUGUUUGCUUGUCUUAAUCAAUUUUAAAUCAUGUUUUUUAUUUGUUUUUGUUUUUAAUGUCUCUGUAAAGCACUUUGAAUCACCUUGUUGUUGAAUUGUGCUAUAUAAAUAAACUUGCCUUGCCUAUAUAUACACACACACACA